AUGUGCGUUUUCAACACCUUCUCGUUGGGUCCACAUUCAACUGAAUCGGAAUUCCAAGGAUUCCUCUAUCCAGCCUCGCUCGUGGUAUAUAUCGCGAUCCUCUCGACAUUGGACCCUGAUAAUCAGAGCCUACUUCCUGUGGACUUGAGUCCCUUAUUCAUGCAGGCUGCUGGAAUAGCUCCGACGUUGAUUGUUGUCCGUGCCCUCCAGGAGAAAACAACGGACAGUGUACCGCAAGUUGUUUCCGCUAGCAACGUCAGUACGGACACUACGUCUACCACGGCGGGAAGUCAAAUUUGUUUUGCUCAUGGACGAGAGACGACCGCGAUCGGUAUGGGCCAGGCAAUGCAAAGUCAUCAUAGCGUCUACCUUCCGGUCGGACACGCGUAUUCGAGGUCAGGUGCGAGUGCGAGUGAUGUUGAGAGGGUUAUAAAGAGAGAAGACGAGACCAUGGUCUAA